UUGCAAAUUAUUUUGAGAAUAACACAUACAAGCAAUCGUAUGGGUCUGUGGGCAGUGAUCGCACGUAAAUUACGCAGGAUUUUGCGUAGAGCUGCAGCGGUUGCGAACAGUGAACGCAGCCUCAUAAAAUGGCGGAUCGCGGUGAAGAUGUAGAUGCAGAGAGUGAAGAUGAAUUGUAUGAGGUGGUUAACAUCACAGAUUAUGCCAGGAGGCAUCAAUGGUGGAGUCGUGUUUUUGGAAACAGUACAGGACCCAUUGCAGAAAAGUACUCGGUGGCUUCACAGAUCAUGAUGGGUGGAGUGACAGGAUGGUGUGCUGGAUAUCUCUUUCAGAGAGUUGGAAAAAUUGUGGCUACUGCUGUUGGAGGGGGAUUUCUUUUGUUACAAAUUGCCAACCACAGUGGCUAUGUGCAGGUUGACUGGAGAAAAGUGGAAAAGGAUGUCAAUAAAGCUAAAAAGCAUUUAAAGAAAAAUGCAAACAAAGCAGCCCCUGAGCUCAAUUCCUUUAUAGAAGAGUCUACAGAAUUUGUAAAGAGGAAUAUUGUUAUCUCGGGUGGAUUUGUUGGAGGAUUUCUGCUGGGCCUGGCGUCUUAAAUGAAACCUGGAUCUACUGUAUUGCCACUGAUAUAAGUAGUUUGCACAGUAAUAUUCUCCCUUAUUUCGGUAUCACAGCGAUACAACUCUGGAACAUGUAUUGUCAGAAGUAGUCAGUGCAAUGGACAUUUGCUGAACUAUUGUUCUGAACAUAUUUCUCUUAACUGUAUAUAGCCUAAACAACCUGAAGGAGAGAGAGAUGUAUCUUGUGCCAAUAACUUUAUAGAAAAUUGGUGGUGUGGUUUUUAUGUUGUUUUUAAUUUUAUUUUGCUUAUUGUUAAUCAGUAAGACAUCAACAUGAAGUUUGUUACAUAUACAACUACUAAAGUGUUUCUUAUUGUAUUUUGUUUUUGACAGUACAUUAUUUGAGUUGUAUAAUUUCCUUAAUAUCUACUUGUGAAGAAGCAUGCAUUGUUUUUUGAGAGUUUUACUUUUGUGAUGUAUUUUAUUAAUAUAUAGUCUAAUCCACCAAUAACAUGUUUGUGGAAAUAAUAAAACAAAUGUCUUUCUGGUUA